AUGGCAGGCAUCAGUAAUAUUCUUGUCCUAGGCGCAGGAGAGUUGGGCACACAGGUGCUGUCUUCACUGGCUAAACAUCCCCAAUCAGACAACAUCACCAUCACUGUCUUAUUGCGACCAUCCAGCAUUUCCUCAAAAGUUCAAGACUGGGCGCAACCAACUUCCCUGCUACACGACCAAAACAUUUCAACGGUUCCCGGUGAUCUCACGAAUGAUUCUCAAGAAUCGCUUUCUCAAAUAUUUCGCCAGUAUGACACAAUCAUUAGCUGCACUGGAUUCGCUGCUGGAAGGGGCACACAACGCAAACUGGCCCAUGCGGUACUAGCUGCCAAGGUCCCGCGCUACAUUCCAUGGCAAUUCGGAGUCGACUACGAUAUCAUCGGUCGAGGCUCCGCCCAGGACCUUUUGACGAACAGCUGGAUCUUCCUGUUUGAACCGUGGUUUGGUGUUGUCGAUUUGAAAAACAAUGCUGUUUGCGCGCUAGGAAGUUGGGAUACAGCCGUCACGGUCACGGCCCCAGAGGACAUUGGUGAGAUUACUGCAGAGAUCUUGCUUGGAGACAAGGGCGAGACCGCUUUCACCAACAACGCGAUUUUCAUUGCUGGUGACACUCUGAGCUACGCGAAUUUGGCCCUCUUGCUGGAAAAGGCCACUGGAAAACCUGUUCAGAGAACUCUGCGAACAGUUCAAUCUGCGCAGACAGAUCUCGCAAAAGAACCAACCAAUGAGAUCUACAAAUAUCAGAUUGUCUUCGGAGAAGGUCGUGGUGUGUCUUGGGACUUGUCCAAGACCUGGAACCAUGAGAACGGAAUAUUAGGUCUAACUGUUAAAGAAUAUAUGGCCCGCUAUUUGUGA